AUGGAAAUACUAUAUUUGAAUAACUCAACUUUCUUGGUCAAUUUCAGCAAUGAGAAGGAUUACCUAAAUGCUCUCACCGGCGGUCCUUGGGUGAUCCUUGAUCACUACUUGAUUGUUCAUCAAUGGACGCACACAUUCCGAACAUCCGACAAACCUCACCGAUCUGUGGUAGCAUGGGUCCAGCUACCUGAGUUACCAAUUCAUUUCUACCAUCGAGAAGUGUUGUUCGCGUUGGGAAAUCUUUUGGGAAGAACGGUCAAACUCGAUUAUCAUACGGAACGUAUGGAAAGAGGGAAAUUCGCUCGGAUCGCCGUGGAGCUCGAUAUGACCAAGCCUCUGAAGACGCGGAUUAGGCUCGAUGGGUUCUGGCAACAAGUGAUCUAUGAAAACUUGCCGGAAAUCUGCUUUGAAUGUGGUCGAAUCGGGCACUCGGAAGUAGCCUGCCCCGAGCUUCACAAUUCCCAGGCGAGCAUCUCUCAGGCGGGUGCGGCAGAUUUGCUCCAGUCACCGGAAGAACAACCGCCGGAGCAGCCGGCGGGUUACGGUCCUUGGAUGCAGGUGAUUCGGAAAUCACGCAGCCAGAAUAGGAAAGGGCAAGCCAGCCAGGGAUCCGCCCAAGGUAAUCCAACGGAAAAAAAAUUGACGCGGGAAAGAUGGGGAGCAAAUCGGGAAAGAAUACGAAGCAAGAUCAAGCAAUCCCUAAGAACUCGAAGACAAGAACGGGAAGGAGGAGCCGAAAGGGGAAACUGA